AUGGAUACCUCUUCCACCCCAGCCGACGCGCGCGUUUCCGGUGUACCAGAGGAUGGUGACAGCGGCAGAAGUAGCUCGGCGGAAGGCUGUGUUCCGUCCGCUUACUCGCGCGUUCCUGACAUACCAGAGGCCGAUGGCAACAGCGGUAGCAGCAGCUCGGCGGAAGACCCUCCUCCAUCUGCGGCCACUCGAGUCUUCGGCAUUCCGGAGCUGUUUGAACAGAUCUUCCUCCGCGUACACUUGGAGACUCUCCUCCUCGCACAGCGCACAUCCCGAGACUUCCGCAGCAACAUUCAGGGCUCAAAGAAGCUCUUGCGGAGGUUGUAUCUGCUUCCUAGUGAUGAAGCACCGGAACAGGACGACUUCAUCCAGAGCGUCGAAAACACAAAACUGGAACGGGAGCGCGAACUGCUCCUCGAAUGGCUCGAUUUCUCUGAGGUUGAUAAAGUCAUGAUCGAGGACCACCUAUCGUGGCGCAAGAAAAUAAGGGGUCGCUCGUCUGUCAUCUUCAAUCCCUUUCUGGAAAAUCUUCUGCUCCAGCGAAAGGGACUCGUUAUCUGGCCCGAAGCCUCGAAAUACGGCCCAUUUGUCGGCCGUCUUGAGCCAUGCAUUGACGAUAGCGACAGCGACAGCGAGAGCGACAGUGACAGUGACGGUGACAGCGACAGCGACAGCGAUCAUGCUGUCCUCGGAUUGGAAACGGAUCUCUUGUACGAACAGCGAUCUAGCGUUCUUCAACACAUGCCGGAGCUUGAUCAAGGCAGGCCAACUCCGUACUCUGCGCCGCGCAAGGAACAUUCCUUGUGGGAGAUGUGCCUGGCUCAGCCUUCGGAUCGUAUGGUAGAAGUAAAGUUGAGGCGUCCAGGCACGUUCUUUUCCCGGCGAGAUUUUUCAGGCGGCAGUUCAAUCAGAAGCUUCAUGAACUGGAUCGAAGGAGAGUGUGAGCAGGAUACGAGAAACAUGGAGCUGCCACUGCAAGAUUACACGGAAGCCGACGAACGCCAGGAUGAAUAG